AUGAGUCUGCGGAAAGUAAAAGUUAUUGAAGAAGACUUAAGAAUCGUGUACAGCACUCGUGAUCAGGCAGAUAAUCUCACAAUUGCUCAACCUUGGUCGAAGAAUCAAGGUGAUAAACAUUCCUGUAGGAAAACAACAAUAGUAAUGAUGAUUGUGAUAUUUAUUGUCGGUGUUGCAGCUGGGGCUUGUUUUGUAGCACUCGAAGGCUACAGUGAUCACAUUGAUUUUCGAACUUCCGCUGCAAACGCAAAUGAAAAUAAAUCAUCUACCGCUGUUCCAUCCAUCUUGUCGUCAGAAAUGUUCUCUGAUAUAGCAACAGCUUUGAUAGCAAGCGACGACGAGAGAAGUAAUGGGUCUGUAUUCAAGACCGAUCCUAUUUGCCGAGAUUUGACCAAAUCGUCUGUAUUUGUUUUUGAUUGCUUCCACCUGAAAGCAUUUACCGAACUUCCUGAUAACAGCACAAUUAAAUGCUCGUAUCUGAACCAGGUCGGAUUAUGUAUUCAAGCCCUGGUGGAGAAUGAAUAUGGCGUAGACUGUGACUGGCGAGAUUUGUUGGUUAUAUUAAAUCUUAAUGCGGAGGUCAUACUGGAGAGAGGCAACUUCAACGUUAAAAUAGAAUGUAAGGAAUGGCAUGAGAUUCACAUGAAGAAAGUGACUGGAAAGGAGAAAUGA